AUGAAAUUAAUUGACAUCGACAUGGGAUCGACACUAAAAGAAAGUGAAUAUCACAAUGAUAUUGAUGUUAAUAAGUUUAAAAAGCUUAUUGAUGAAGCGAGCAUAAUAGAAUAUGAAAUGCAACUAGAAGAACUUGAAAUAGAGAAGCAGAAGUUAGAAGGAUUUAAGAAAUCAAGUGAUGCAUUAAAGAAACUUAUUAUGCGAUAUGACGGUAAAUAUUCGUCAUGGCGAGAACUACUUGCAAAGAUGAGAAGCGAUCUCUAUAAGGUAGAGAUAAAUGAAGAGAAACGAGUGAAAGAAAAAGAGCUAGCUAAUAAGCUGGCUGAGGCUGAAAAAAAAAUUGAAGAGAUGAAGGAGGAAAAACAAAGAGAAAAAGAGAAAUGUAUGGAAGAUAAAAUUAAUGAAUUAACUAUGAAAUUGGACCGACUUUCAAUUGUAAGUAGGACAGGACCUCGUAGACCACCAAAAUGUUUUGGUUGA